AUUUUCCGCCGCAGGAAUAAGAUAUGGCGUCAAUGCUGAGAAAAACGACAAUGGCGAGAGGCAGAGACGAAGUGUAUGUAGCAGCGGUGCCUCUGAGAGCAACAAAGGGGCCUGCCCAGCUGCUUAUGUCCGCUGCUUACUCACUCAAUCUUUGGGAUUUCCAACAUUUCAUGGUUAUUAUUAAACCCCACUCACCACCACCACAAUUUCAGGCCUUGGUUUAUGAUUUUCAACCAAAAGAUCCUGAAAGUGUAUACGUAGCUCUUGAAGCUUUAUCUGGUAGACCAGUAUCAGGAGUUGUUCUUACUAGGACGUUAUCUAAAUUGCCAAAAAACAAAUGCUGGUUUGUCGGACCUUCUAAAGAGAAUGCUGCAGAUAAAGCAUGUGAAUUCAACAAAAAUUGGGAAAUGAAUUUGCGAGUUGGCAAGCAUGACUGUCGCGAUUAUACCAAUGGACUGGUUGAGUUCCUAACUGGAGAAAAAUAUGUGUUGGAGCACCUGCGAAAAAGCAAUGGUACUCAGGGGUAACACAUGAUCAAUAUAUCA